CGAACUAGUUCAUAAGACCCCUAAACACUUCAACUCCAAACAAAAUAAUUGACCCGCCAAACCCACCAAAAUGCUCCUAACCAACACCACAAUCCUAACCCUCUCCCCAACCCGCACAAUCCUCACCAACGGCGCCCUCCGCACCGAGUCCAAUUACAUAACCGACAUCGACAAAACCCCCAUCCUACUAGCCAAAUACCCCGAUGACGAAGUAAUCGAUCUAACCGGCCACAUCCUCAUCCCGGGACUGAUCUCCACGCACAUGCAUACCGCCCAAACGCUUCUCCGUGGCUGCGCAGACGACCUCGAGCUGGUUUCCUGGCUGUGCGAGCGCAUUUGGGUCCUGCAGGGUAACUUCACUCCCCAGGAUGGAUAUGCGGCAGCGAGGUUGAGUAUUGCGGAGAUGUUGAAGAGUGGGACGACGUGUUUUUUGGAGAGUAUGUUCGCAGACCGGUAUGGCUUCGACGGACUAUGUCGAGCCGUCGAGGAAAGUGGAAUCCGAGGCUGCUUGGGCAAGAUCGUCAUGGAUACGGGCCGAUACGCAAAGGAUGAUGCGUGGGCGAUGCACCCCGGAUUAAUUGAAGACCGGGAGACGUCGCUGCUGGGCACGAUGAAGAUGUGGGAGAAGUGGAAUGGGAAGGCGGGGGAUCGGAUUAGGGUGUGGUUUGGGGCCAGGACGCCGGGGGGAGUGUCUCCCGCCCUCUACAAAGAAAUGACCGCCCUCUCAGCACAACAUAACAUCCCCAUAACCAUGCACUGCGCCGAAGUCUCCGCGGACCGGGACUUCUUCGCCUCCGUCGACCAUACCCCCAUGACCUACUGCGACAGUGUUGGCCUCCUCUCGCCCUCCACCGUGCUAGUACACAUGGUACACCUCGACGACGGAGAUAUCUCCCUCCUCGCCAAGUCCGGCACGCACGUCGCGCACUGCCCCACCUCCAAUGCGAAGCUCGCGUCGGGCACAUGUCGAGUCCCGGAUCUGCAGCGUGCGGGGGUGAAUAUCGGGCUUGGGACGGAUGGUGCACCGUGCAACAAUACCUGCGACAUGUUGCAGGAGAUGAAGCUAGCGGGGAUCAUACAUAAGGGGACGAGUGGGGAUCCGACGGUUGUGAGCGCGGAGGAAGUGCUGGAGAUGGCCACGAUUAAUGGGGCUAGGGCAUUGGGGUUGCAGGAUAGUAUUGGGAGUUUGGAGGUGGGGAAGAAGGCGGAUAUUGUGGCGAUUGAUGCCAGGGGCGUGGAGAUGCAGCCGUGGUUUAAUCCGGUCAGUGCGGUGGUGUAUACGGCUACGGGGAGGGAUGUGAGGUUUGUGAUGGUGGAUGGCAAGGUGGUUGUUAGGGAGGGCGAGUUGGUGACGAUGGAUGAGGGGGAGGUGGUCAGGGAGGCGGAGAGGAGGAGUAGGGAGGUGGUCGAGAGGGCUGGGUUGGGGGGGAAGGUGGGUGCUAGGUGGCCGGUUUUGUGA